AUGGGGACAGCGGGCGCCGCGCUGCCCGGCGGCAACGCCAGCGCCAACCAGAGCGCCGACACCACGCUGUCGCGGGACGUGUGGAUGGUGGGCAUGGGGAUCCUCAUGUCCGUGAUCGUGCUGGCCAUCGUCUUCGGCAACGUGCUGGUCAUCACCGCCAUUGCCCGGUUCCAGCGCCUGCAGACUGUCACCAACUACUUCAUCACCUCGCUGGCCUGCGCCGACCUGGUGAUGGGUCUGGCCGUGGUGCCUUUUGGUGCCAGCCACAUCAUCUUGGAGAUGUGGAAUUUUGGGAACUUUUGGUGUGAGUUCUGGACCUCCCUGGACGUGCUUUGUGUUACAGCCAGUAUUGAGACCCUCUGUGUCAUUGCUGUGGACCGGUACUUUGCCAUCACUUCCCCCUUUAAGUACCAGAGCCUGCUGACCAAGAGCAAGGCACGCGUGGUCAUCCUGGUGGUGUGGAUAGUCUCUGCCCUCACCUCCUUUUUGCCCAUCCAGAUGCACUGGUACCGGGCAGAGCGUGAUGAAGCCAUUCUGUGCUACCAGGAGGACACAUGCUGCGACUUCUUCACUAACCAAGCUUACGCCAUUGCUUCCUCCAUCAUCUCCUUCUACCUGCCACUUGUGGUCAUGGUCUUUGUGUAUGCCAGGGUCUUCCAGGUUGCCAAGAAGCAGCUGCAGAAGAUAGACAAGAGUGAGGGGAGGUUUCACAUCCAGAACAAGGAGCAGGAGCAAAAUGGGCGAGCAGGGCACCGUCGUUCCUCCAAGUUCUUCUUGAAGGAGCACAAGGCCCUCAAGACCCUGGGCAUCAUCAUGGGCACCUUUACACUGUGUUGGCUGCCCUUUUUCAUCGUCAACAUCGUUCACGUCAUCCAGGACGACAUCAUACCCAAGUACGUGUACAUCCUCUUGAACUGGUUGGGCUAUGUUAACUCUGCCUUCAACCCUCUAAUCUACUGCCGAAGCCCAGACUUCAGGUAUGCCUUCCAGGAACUCCUGUGCCUCCGCAGAUCUGCCCUGAAAAUGUAUGCCAAUGGGUACUCCAACAGCAACGGCAGGAGUGACUACAAUGAGGAGGACAACAGCUACCCCCUGGCACCAGAUAAAACCUGCGAGUUGCUCUGUGAAGAAGGGUCCUUCCCAAACCCUGAGGACUUUUUGCACUGUAAAGAGAUCCCAGAGUAUCCAGGAAUGGUUGAGAGCUGAAUCUCUUCCUCACCAUCCUGAGCUCAUGAGGGCUCUAAAGAGAUCAAGCAGGAGCAUGACCUUGCUUCUCUGAGACUGGGGAUGCUGUGGGAAGUGAUUGCCUUGGCAAAUGUCUUCAUCCCAACCCAUAGCCCCUGGUGCCUCGCUGGAAGAGAAGCUGAUGAAAGAUUAACAGAGGACCAGGAAAAGCUCUACCACUUCAAGCAGCAAAGGACACAGAUGGGGGAUGAGCACUAAGAGAAGCACUUUCCAUGACUGCAUACAAAACCACCUUUUUUUCUGAGAAGAAGCUUAAAGAGCCCUGGGAAUGGAAGGAAGUAAAUGUCCAAAUCAGCACAAAAGGUGCUGCAGGGUUUCCCUAUCACAUUGUCCCUGGAAAGCAAUUUUGAAAGCAAAGAGGGUAUCAGGACCACCUGGCCCUCUCCAGCGGCUAGUUUGGAAGAGAAGUGCGAGGUCACCUUACAGCCUUACAUGUGCCUUACAGUCAGGUCAGGAGACCACUAAGAUAUGCCCAUAGUGCUCUGUUCAUGGGCUGACCAGUGCUCAGAGUUAAAGAAUCCAACCAAGACUUCGAAGAAAAGACAUGUGGAAGAUUGCUUUGAUUUAUUCUAUGCUUGUUUCUCUCACUGGUGUCUUCCCUGUCUGCCUCUUUUUCUCUUUAGAACUACAUGUACUGCACGUGGGGCACAGACCCACCCAAGAAGACAGAUGUAUUAGGAUAGGGCAAAUCCUGCUCAGUGCAGUGUACAUUUGCUAAAUGGAGCUUACACUGCAUAGUGCAGACAUAACCAUAGAUUUCAUAUGCUCUUUAUACCAACAAAUCCCAAACUGGAGUGCCUGGACUUGGAUGAGAUAGAGGCUUGAGCCUUGCAAGGAGUCACAUGCUGUCAUCACUAGCCAUGCUUAUGAGCCAAGUUUCAACACUCGAGCCCCACAUUACAGAGCAUCUGGACCUCUCCUGUGGCUGUUGAAAUGAACAUGUGGGCAGGCUGGACACUCAGUUCCCGCAUCUUGGAUUUUUUAAAAUCCAUUCAGCUGAGAAAGAAACAGGGAGAGAAGGAGUAAAAGAAUCUCAGACAGGAAAUCAAAGGAAAAACUGAUUCAAAACCAUAGGAAAACUCUUAAUUGCAAAUAGUAUCCUGGCUGCAGACUGUUGUGCCCAGCUGCAAGGCUGCAGGUCUCUGUUCACUGACCUGCUCCCGGAUAUCUAGGUAGAACAUGCCGGUACCAAACUCUUCCGGGAGUCCCAUCUUGCACAUUCUCUCUCUUGGGCUUCCAGCACCAAAUCCCCUCUAUCACGUGCAAUUGUAUUUAUUUAUUUAUUUUCUGGCUGCUUGAGGCAAAGCUGCUAAGACAGUAUCCUCCCCAGGCACUUCCACAGCUAGAAGAGGAAAGAGUGCAUGUUGUGUGUCUGUAAAAUGGGUGUGGACGAACACUUGCCCUCCCCACUUCACUGGCUUAGUGAAAUAAAAGCCAAGCAUUUCAUUGCGACUGCCGGUCGUCUGACUCGGGGGCUGCAGUCAGCGUCUGCUAACUCUGGUCAAACCGACUGAAGGGUUAGUGGGGGGCCCAAUGGCCUUGCCAAAGGUACACGGCAAGUAGCGCAUAAGCAGGCAUACGUGGGCCAAAGUGUGACAGAUGUAUGCUGUGAAUGGGCCAGAUCCAGGCAUGCACAGAGGAUGUGGGAACACGUGCAUAUGAGGCAGGAGGAAAUGGUUGCUGUUAAAACAGAAAUACGUUGCCUGGGGUGACUGUGGGAUUUUGAUCCAUUGAGAAUUAAGAACAGGCUGGAAACACUCUUAUUGGGAAGAGCAGCAGGACAGCUAUAGGCUGCAUAAGCUCUGGAGAGUCCUGCUAGCCAGAUUUUCUAUUUGCAGCUGUUUCUGCGCAGGGCAUGUUUCUCUGCAAGUUGCUCCUACUUUACCCCCAAAUCCUGUCCUCCUCGUGCUGAGGGGAAUGCAUAAUGAAGCAAACUUACUAUACAUACAUCCUGCGUUCAGAAGCUCUGAGUGGGCCGUAUCCACAGCCAGGGCAAGUUGAGGCAGUGUGUUGAAAGGGUGCACAGAUGUUUAAAUGCCUGACAAUCUUUUCUGUGUUCUCCAGAAGUGAUAAUUUAUUUACAGACUCAUUUAACACAGCCAGUUUGAGACAGGCCAGCUUGAGACUCUCCAAGCGAAUGCUGUAGCUGUUCUUAACAGUUCAUCCCAGCGUUAGCUGUUGCUACCCAUUUGACUGAGAACUGGCACACACUGGCAGCAACUACUUGCAAUUACAUAUCCUGCUUCAUGAAAAACAGUGUCCAGUGCAGAAAGGAAACAUUUCUGUGAGAAAAGCAUGCUCUCCUCUGCUCUGCUCGUCUCCUGCAGCCCCCAUGCUCGGGCAGAGAGAUGGGGCGCUCGGGGCAGGAGCUUGAUUUCUCCCUCAUGCCUCCCUCUGAAAUGCCCCACCAAAGCUCUGUCCAAAACAGUGUGGCUGCCAAAUGGCAAUCUUUCCCAGCAAAAGCUUGUUUCCUCAGAAAAUUCCUGGCUGGCUCUAGUCAUGUAUUCUGUACUGGAAACAUUGCCCUUGGGAUUAGUUUUCAGGUUAGAAAGACACACAGGAUCUUUGUAGUUCUUUUUCUUACAAAUCUCUUAUGCAGGAGCAGUUUGCAGUAACUGAAAUAGAUACACUUUCUCUGAUAAUUUGCCAGCAUGGCCUGAAAGCAGUGACCUGUUUAUUGCUGUUGCUUCCUUGCAGAGUUAUAAGAGUUGGAGAUGGAAAAGAUGUAUAACAAAGCCAUCUGCCUAUGGCCAUUCAGGCUUGUUCUAUAUAUUGCUUUUACUGGUGAUGUGCUGGGUCUAUUUUUAAACGCCCCUGACACCAGGGUUAUUGUGCUGUCCCUCAGGAGACUGCUCUGUAGUCCCAGCUGAGAGCUGCUAUUAGUAUUACACCUUCAUUUCCUCCAGAAAAUUUCAUUCCGUAUUCCUAAUGAUCCUCUUCAAAUACUUGCUGUUCCUUAUGUCCUGGUCAAGCUUUACCACUUGAUCUGCAUUCAUCUUUCCUCCUCAAAGAACCUCUUUAGCUCCCUGGUUGCUGCUCCUCUCUGUCCUUCCCACAUCUUGGCACAGAAUUAGCUUAAUUGCUUGUUAAUAUGGCCGAGAAGGAUUUGCCAGGGAUCUGCACCCACCAGCACUGCAGCCAGGACCUCUUGCAAUGUGCAGUCUCUGCAGCAGACUGUAAAGUUUGCAUGAGAUCUAACAAGGCAUGCAUGGCAUGGGUAAGGGGCAAGCACAGAGACGUUUCUGAGAGGUGGAUCAGAGUCAGCAGUGAGCACCCUUUUACCCAGCAGGGAACAAAAAUCUGCAAGGGCAAGCAUACAGCAAAUUCUGCAUCUCAGCCAAACCAAGCUGUGCAACAGAAGGAGCUGGGUGACUCCCUAGUGUUGCCCAUGCAGCCAUACCAGGACACGUGGCGGGGGAUAAUGGUCUGUGUCGUGCUGGUGAGCAUCUGGACACUGUUUAUUCUGGUGCUGCCUGAAAUCAUUUUCGUCGGCUGAAGCCACAGCUACACAGUGACGGAGCCCUGCACCCCGAGAGGAGCCCGAACCGUCGGCAGACCCAGGCAAUUCAGAGUGAAUGCACAUGGAGCGCUUGCUUGGGGAGUCUGUGUGGACAGUGCUCGGUUGGAGCACUAUUGUGAUUAUAAGUGCUCUGUUCUCAUUGAA